AUGUUAGCAGUCUACACGAGAAACUUCUAUGCCCGAGUCGGUUUAACUUUGUUGGAAAAAUCAGCAAAAUACAAGCUGUCUGCUUUAAUUCAACAUUCAUUCUCUUCGGACACUGCAGCUUCCGCUUCCUUAGAUGCCCUGGUCAGCGACUUGAAGAAGGCUUUUGCGGAUAAAUUAAAUGACAGUUGUAGGAAAGACGCCUCCGAUAAUGAAGUUGCUGAAGGUCGUUCUGAACAGAUUUUUUCAUCCCCACCAGAGCCCUCUCCUUCUACGCGUUUGUCUAGAACCGAAAUCAUGGACAUGUUAUGCAACCUUGGAAUACGGUUUGAGUUGACCGAGAGAGCCCUUAAUUUAAAUUUACCUGCUUUACCUCGUCCAACAAGUAUAAAAGAUUCGGUCGUUCGGUACGAUUACCUUGUAAAGAAGUGGAAAUUUAGAAGAAAGAUGGAUUCUCGAGGCAGAACAAAUGAUAUGGAUAUAGCGACUAAAGGAUUAUCACUUGAUGAGUUAGAUUCUGAUAUUUAUGAUCGUGUAAGUUAUCUGAAUUUGAUGUCGCAGUAUGAAGAGAAGGAACGUAAACGAAAGUUGGAUGAGUUAGAAAACUACCGGCGUUUAAGAGAAGAGUAA